AGCGAAAAUGGGUCGAGAGAUGACAAGUACGGUUCUGGCUCCCCCGUGAUUUGACGAUCCACGUUCAACACGAUCACAGAUAUCACCUUCGAGCUUCUACGUAUGUGGAAUAUUUUGAGUAGGUUAUAAUUAUCGUACAGAUUUCAGAAGGUUGAGGUUCUCUAAAAAAAUCUUGAUUAGCAGCGACAAUUAUUCACUCUUGCUCCGAUCCUAACAAAAACAACCAAGUUAGAAAACUAAUUGUCGUUGUUGAGAUAGAUACUUUAUCUUCACUUUUUUGAUAUCAAAUAAGGGAUAGUGUACGUUCUCGCUUAUUUUUUUACAUUUGUCGGACGUGGAUUCAUUCACGAUUGACUAGAUUGAUAGGAUAAGAUGGGCGAACAGUGCAUAAACGAGCAGAUUUCCGAUGUGGAGUGCCUCAACCAGAGUCGUGAGUUUCCAGUGAACAACCUCUUUCUUGCCGGUGACGCACCACUGAAGUCCGACGCAGAUCACCAGCUACUUAUCAAAGUCGCAUUUCGACAACCUGUGAAGAUAUCAGGUAUGUUACACUUUUACUCACUCUUUUCAACAGUUAACUAAGCUCAUGUUGCUUUGGAGUAAACGACUUUUUUCAGUGUCUAGCUAAGCAGCAAGAAAGUUUUUUACCCUAUAUAUAAAAUCGUUACUUGAACUUGAAUCUUGCUCUACUUUUUUUUUGAUCGCUCUCGCAAAAACCAGGUUUGCGAUUUUACGGCGUCGAGGAGGAUUCAUGCCCGACCGACGUAAAGCUGUUCGUCAACAAGCCAAACAUAGGAUUCGGUGAGGCAGAAGAUACACCGACGACGCAAGAGUUCACACUUUCGCCGGAAGAAUGUACUUUUUCAACUUAAAGGAAUAGAAUUGUAUUCUGAAGAACUUGAUUUGUGAUUGUGUAAUUCAUCUUCGUCAUCGUUCGCAACACAAGCCCUCCCCCACUACCCAAAAAUUCAGGCAACGUCCUCGCACGGAAAGAUGUCAUUUGUCCAGUAAAGUUCGUCAAAUUUCAGAACGUCAACGCAUUGCAAAUUUUCGUUAGCGAGAAUGGUGGCAGUGAGAUCACAGAGUUGAAGAAACUUGAAAUUUUCGGGACGACUGGCGAACAGUCUGACAUCAGCGCGUGGAAACCUGUCAAGGGCUGAGGCUAAGCUUCCUCUCCAGGAGGAGACGAGCACAUGUUAAAUUCUUCUAUAAUGGUGGAACGUACGCGAAGAACGGAGUCUCUCAAGCAAGAGCUUUCCCCGCAAUGAAGAGUAACACAUCAUGCCUUCGUCUCAGGAGAGGAGCGAUAGGAGCUAUACUUUUUGUCGAACGCGUCGACACGUCAAUUAUGGAGCUGUCGACAACGCCAUUUGCUGUUGACACUCUGCUGAUACACAAUGUUUGCCAGGUGGUUUUUUAAUAUACAUCCAAUGAGAAUAAAUCGAUUCGAUGUCCGCUCGCUGGAGCUGGACAUGGAGCAGCUGGUCCUCAUAAUUAAAGGCACAACAACAUUUUGGCUCUCUUUGGAUCACCUGCAGUUGGAGUUUGAGGGCCACCCAGGAAGGCGAACGCGGAACCACGACGAGAAGGCCUCUUCUAGAAACUUUUGUGACGAUCUCCUAGGAUAUAAUCCUAAGAUCUGAUUUAGAACAUCGCAAAGUCGUGGGCGUUCCCUUUGCUGGACUUUUUAGCUUUUUCUAUUAUAACUUGCUUUUCGGAAACACCUUCACCUUCUGGACAUGGCGUACAAGACCAGUCGGACGACCCCUUCGUUCAUCCCAAUAAUUGCUUUCCCCCAGCAGGCACGACAAACGAUGAAUUAAUUGAUUUCAGAAACUACUUCUUAUCAAUUUUUUUUUAUCGAAAUUCAAUCUCAAUUAUCCGCGCGGGCAGGCGUUCUCAGAAAUCUAAU